AUAUAAUGGAACUAUAAAUCAAACUUGUGAAGGGCUGAACAAUCGACCCAUUUCAUAUUUGAAGAUCAGAUCAAAAGAUGAAUUUGACGACACAGUCAUCAUCUGUGAUGGUCGGCGGUGAUGGUGCCAACAGCUAUGCCAAAAACUCCUAUUUGCAGAGAAAUAUCGCGAUUGCUGCAAAAGAAGCCAUGGCUGAGGCACUCAUGGAAGCCUUGGACAUGCCAACACUAUUAUCUACCAAAUCGACUAAAUUAGUCACCAUCGCAGACUUGGGAUGUUCCGUUGGACCAAACACACUCGUCGCAAUGCAAGAAAUAAUCGACAUAGUCGCCACAAAGUGCCACAUGCAAGGGAUCGAUCCCAAAACCAUCGAAUUCCAAGUGUUCUUCAAUGACCAGAUCACUAAUGACUUCAACACGCUUUUUGCCUCCAUACCCAACGACAAAAACUACUUUGCAGCAGGAGUUCCCGGUUCUUUCUACGAUAUAUUGUUCCCUUCUUCUUCCAUUCACAUUGCAUACUCUUCAUGUUCGCUUCAUUGGUUGUCCAAAGUGCCAAAGGAUUUAGAAGAUGAGAAUUCCCCGGCUUGGAAUAGAGGUCGGAUUCACUACAAAGAUGCCCCAGAGGCAGUUCUAAAAGCGUACACUAAGCAAUUUGAAAAGGAUAUAGAUGAUUUCUUGAAGGCGAGAGCUAGAGAGAUUGUAUCGGGAGGGGUUAUUGUGGCGUUGUUACCUGGCGUAAGGGACGAAGGAAUCGAGCAUGAUGUUGGUGUGAUGAUCAAUUUCCUUGGAGACAUUCUUAUAGAAAUGGUUAAAAAGGGAUUGUUGAAGCACCGCAAAGUCGACGCAUUCAACAUUCCUAAUGUGUAUCCAAGUUUAAAGGAAAUGAGAAGGAUUGUUGAGAACAACGGGAGUUUUCGAAUUCUAAGAAUGGAGUUGGUAGACGUGUUGGCGAAGUCUAAGAAGAGUCGGGUGGACAUGACAAAUCUUGUAAUGCACCUCCGAGCAUUCACGGAACCGAUCGUGGCGAGUCACAUGGGCCAUGAAAUAGUCGAAGAGAUCUUCACAAGGGCUCUUGAGCAAAAAGAAAAGCUUUUUCAAAUGUUUUAUAGUGAUGAGCGUGCUGAGAAUAUUGGCCUGCAAUUGUUCUUUGUUUUGCAGCGUAAGCCAUAAGAAGCUAAGGUCAUGUGAUGUGCAUGUGCAUGUGCCCGUCCAUAAGCAAGUAAUUUAAAUAAUGUCAUGUAAUCAAGCUAUCCAGCUAGCUACUUUCAUAAGUAGCAGGAUGUUUAUUGUGUAAAUUUGCCUCUAUAUAUUACAACCUUCGACCCA